UAGCCAAUCAGAAUGAAGGAAGUUUAGACUCAGAAAAGUUUAUAAAAGAACAUUGCUGAUUUAUUCCAAGUUACUUGAAGCUCUUUAUUUGAGUUACCUUCUAGUGAAAAAUCAUCUUAAGUUUGUCUCUGGUGUGUUCAAUUUAGAUUCGCAAGAAAGCCUGUCCAAGGUUGCUUGCGCGAUACUGCUCUACCAUGACAAUUUUAAUUUUAUUAUCGUUGGCGGUUGUCACGGCUGCCCAAGUGUUCCCGCAGAUUGACAAAAACACUGAUUUGCUUUGCCAACCAUGCUGGAGAGAAAAGUCUCGUAUCCAAACGUUUGUUUUUGGCAGCUCACCGAAGUACAUCACCACCGAGCAUGUACCGUUAUGCGAUGUUGUUGGCAUGUACGAGCCGAUGCAAUGUUCUGAUGGGCAGUGCUGGUGUGUGACCAAGUGUGGUAUGGAAAUACCUAACACACGUAAAGCUGGCCCAGUCACGUGCAGUGAGUCCUUGCUAGCAACAUAUUCUGCACCAUGCACGAGUGUAUCUGCAAUACCCGGUUACACCCCUGCCUGCGAUAGCAAUGGAUUUUUCCAGCCAAAGCAGUGCAACGUUGAUGAGUGUUGGUGCAUUACGCUCUGUGGUCAGGAAGUCACCGAAACACGUACUCCUAUUUCACAGGUUUUAGACUGCAAUGCAGUGAUGCAGAACAAUGUACAGACCAACGCACCAAUUGUCACACCCUCAUCGUGUGCUGAUGGAUCCACACCAUUGAAUUGCAAUCAACAAAAUGUCUGCAACCGACUGUCAUGUAGUGGUUACCCCAGUGCCAUCUGCAGACCAAAUACCUGUAAAGGUUGUAUCAUUGAAUGGUUCAACAGCGACAACGCUAAACUCGCGUGUACAGAUGACAAAGCUGGCCGAUGUCCUGCAUUUAACAAAGCUGGCCGAUGUCCUGCAUUUAGUGUAUUGGCUCUAGUUGACCAAUCGGAAUGCAGCUUUAGAUGCAACUCAGAUGCUGACUGUAGUGGGGCACACAAGUGCUGUAGCACAGGUUGUGGUACCAAGUGUGCUGUAGCAAAGAUGGAAAAGUGGGGAAGCUGCCCAGCCUCAAAGUCCUUCCUUGAUAAGACAUGUACAUACAGGUGUACCUCUGACUUUGACUGUCUUGGGGAUGAGAAAUGCUGCUCAAAUGGCUGUGGCAAAGUCUGCACCGGAGCCCUUCGACCUGCUAAGGUUGGAACAUGUCCAUCUCCGAAAACUUUUGGUUUGGUUCAGAGUAACUGUGCAGUUCAAUGCAGUUAUGAUCAGGAAUGUACAUCCACCCAGAAAUGUUGCAAUACAGAGUGCGGGACGACAUGUAGUGAACCAGUCAGUAUGAAAACUCCCACUCUCUUACGUGUGUGCCCAGCUGUUCUGCCAGAAAUCACAAGCUGUAGCCGAGCCUGUCAGAUUACCGCUGACUGUGGUGCUGACGAAGUGUGCUGUACUACCAGCACGUGUGGUAGACAGUGCAUUACAGCUAUUACAUUCAAAGCAGCUCCAAAGCCUUGUGAUGCUGAGAGGAAAAACACACCCACAAGAAACCUGGGAGGAGCAACGGUCUCACUGCAAGGUGUCCACACCCCAACAUGUGGCUCAUUGGGUUACCACAUCCCUAAGCAAUGCGACUCUUCCACUGGGAUCUGCUGGUGUGUAACAGCUUGUGGUACACCAAUCCAUGGCACCCACACAUCUGGACCACUGACAUGUAGAUACGAUGAACCACCAUGUAGAAAAGAGUACCAGCAGUUGAGAUCUGUUGGUUUCGGUGCCAGACAAAUUUAUUGUCGCCAGGACGGUUUCUACGAGUCACGACAGUGCCAUGGUUCUGUAUGCUGGUGCGUGGAUCGUUGUGGUAAUGAGAUUCAAGGAACUAAGGGAGCUAGGAACACUGUCAGAUGUGAAUGCCCUGGCAAUGAGCAUGCAUGGCUGUGCAAUUCCAGCCCAUGUGACUCGACCACCUGUGAAGCCUACCCAAGUGCAACCUGCCGUGUCAACUUCUGUAGUGGAUGUACAGCCGAGUUUUAUGUCAAUGAUGUCAAAGUUGAAUGUGAUACACCCAAGAAUGGUGUCUGUCCAAUUGCUGACCAUGUCCGCCUUCCUCAGGAAUGCACCAACGAAUGCAUGACUGACUCAUCAUGUCCAGGCACUAAGAAAUGCUGCGAAUAUGGCUGCAGUACCCUCUGUGUCAGUGCUGAACCCCAGUUGAAGAAUGGUCAGUGUCCAGCAAUUCCUGCCGACUACUACGGAAGCUGCACCAGUGAGUGUUCUGCUGAUACAGAUUGCACGGGUAAAGCAAAGUGCUGUUACAACGGAUGUGGACGCAUUUGCAUGCUGCCUCAACAACAAACAUUUGUUGGCCAGUGUCCAUUCCCCUGGGUUGAUAUCAGCACAUGCACAGGUUACUCAAGUUCAUGUGUCCACAAUGGAGACUGCCCGACCAAUCAGAAGUGUUGUGAGAGUGGUUGCGGAAAACAAUGUGUUGCAGCAGAGGGUGUAACCACUACUAUUGUUGAUGCUAACAACGCUGUUGUCACCACCAACUCCUUAAGUGAGAAGACAGGAAUGUGCCCCGCUCAGAAGUACCUUGCUUGCUCCUAUGUACAAGAAUGUGCUGUGGAUUCUGACUGCACUGGAACAAGCAAGUGUUGUAAUAAUGGUUGUGGAUUUGUGUGUACUGGACCAUGGACAAGCAAUAAAUAUGGUUACUGUCCACGUGCUAGCAUUCAAGAUGUAUUGACCAAUGUAGCAGCCUGCACAGCUGACAUGGAUUGUCCAGGAGAUAGGAAAUGCUGUAACAUUGAUGCUAACCAGAAAGCAUGCGUCAACGUAUGGAAAAAAGUGACCAGUGGACAGUGUCCAACUUACACUAGCCUAGAGGUGACAUCAUGUGUGUACUCUAAUGAGUGUUCAACUGAUGUAGAUUGUCUGAUGUAUGGAACCAACAGAAAGUGUUGCUCAACGCCUUGUGGUGGAACCAAGUGCAAGAUUGCUGAUACCUACCCUUCAUGCAUGUACAAAGGAAAGCAGUACGUCCAUCAAGACUUCUGGUCACCUGACAGUUGUACCAUCUGCAAAUGCUGGUCUGGCACUGCCAAAUGUACCCAGAGGAAGUGUCCAACUUACGACAGCACCAAGUGCCAAGCAGUCUACCGCGAUGGACAGUGCUGUCCAGAUGUUUACUGCCAAUCAGAGAAUGUUAUUGGACAAACUCCUGUUAAAUGUACUGACCAGCAAGGCCUUAGCUACCAGAAUGGAGACGUCUGGUACCCAGAUAGCUGCAGUGAAUGCCGAUGCAACGAGGGACAAGUGGAGUGUUCAGCGUACAAAUGCUUUACAGAACCUCCUCGUAACACCACUGGAUGUAAAGUAACCAAUGUACCAGGACGAUGCUGCCCAGAAAUCAAAUGCCAAGACACUUGUGUUGACCAUUCUGGUAAUAUAAGAUACGAGAAUGACCAGUGGUCAAUUGAGGACUGUGUCACAUGUCGAUGUACCAACGGUCAAGUAAGCUGCGUCGAUGAGGUUUGUCCAUCGCAUCACGAUGCUUCAUGUGAACUGAGGAAUGUGAAGGGUCAGUGUUGUCCAGAUGUCUUCUGUCCAAUUACCAUUAAUCCUUCUCGAAUGUGCGUUGAUGGAACCAAAUCUUAUGGCGAAGGUAGCGAGUUCACACGUGGGGCCUGCGAGAAAUGCCUGUGUAUGAACAGGGUUAUUGAUUGCCAGAGUACUGAGUGUGCUGCAGAUUCGAACCCAUUACUUGCCAACUGCUCGAAGCUGGAGUGUGCAACCAUGAAGGUAAUCAGUACUAUGAUAGUGAAACAUGGCAACCAGACACCUGUACCUUGUGCACCUGCGAGAAGGGAGUGA